AAUUGUACUUGUCUCCCUCAAUUAUUUUGCUAUAUAUAUGAAGCAGAAGCCAACCACUAAAAUUCAGAACAAAUUGUGCAUAUUAUCUCCUUCUCCUAUAGUCUUCUAUUGUGUUAUCUUACAAAAAAAAAAUAAAAUGGAAUCAAACACAAAAAACUCUAUGCAUAUUAGGUGCAACAGUUUACCUUCUGCACCUCACCCUCUUGUACCACAAUUCCAUGAAAAUUUGCAAAGAUUGAAGGAUUCUGAAGCCACAUCCACUUCUUCAAUAAGCCACAAACUAAGUGGCUUGAUGGAUUUGCAUGAUUGUGCUGAUAAGUUGCUGCAAUUGUCAACUACACAACAAACAUUGACACUUGAAUGCGGUGAAAAAUCGGUUGAUGAUUUAUUAGAAGGAUCUUUGAGGCUUCUUGAUAUUUGUAGCACAGCACAAGAUUGCUUAUUGAGAUCAAAAGAAAACAUGCAUGUGGUUCAAUCAGUUAUUAGAAGGAAAAGUGUUGCUGGAGUUGAAUUCACUGUUGAAGGUGAAAAAUACUUAACAUCAAGGAAAAUGAUUAAAAAGGAAAUUCAAAAGGUAUUAAGAAAUUUGAAAGGAAUGAAAAAUGAGUUGAUUGCUUGUUCCUCAAGCAAAGAUAAUGAAAAUUCUUCUAUCUUUGUCAUGUUAAAAGAAGCAGAAGCAGUUACUGUGAGAUCCUUAGAAUCUAUGUUGUUGUUUGUAUCUGAUUCCAAGGGACAAUCAAAGAAAAGUAUAUGGUCAACAAUGUCUAAGAUGAUGCAGCCAACAAGAGUAUCUUGUGAUUAUUCUCAAGAAUCAGAUUCAAAUGAAUUUGUAAAGGUGGAUGCAACUUUGCAAUCUCUCAUAAGUCACAAGGUGUUAUCUGUUGAGAAUAUUCAUAGCCAUAUGGAAAAUUUGGAGAUUUGUAUUGAAGAUUUAGAAGGAGGUGUUGAGCAACUUUCAAGGCAACUCAUUAGAACAAGAGUUUCCCUUCUUAACAUCUUUAGCCAAUAGUUUUAGACUCACAAAUUCAAUUUUGAUCUCAUCUCAAAGAUGUACAUAAAUGUAAUUAAAACUUGUUCUGUUACUGAAUAUACAAUAUUAUACACAAGGAUC